AUUUGACAGUGUCACUCUCUUCUGUCUGCAGCCCUCAUGUCUGCCCUCACGCUGCGUCGGUCUGGCGAAAAGCUCAUGAAGCCAUACCGGAAUCUAUCCCUGCACAGCACAAAUCAGCCUACCCUGAUUUGCCAUCGACAUUCUUCUGUUGCGUAUUUCAGUCGUGCAUCCUUCAGUCGUAGCCGGUCGACCCCCGCCUCCCCUGUCUCGAUCAAGUCAAAUUGCCAGGACCCGCCUGGAUUUCUUCGGACGGGCAGUCGUGCAGGACAGCGGAGAUCUGCCACUUCUACCACUAUGAUUGAGAAUGGGCAGUCUCAGCGAUUACAAGCUCUUCUGACGCAUGAUUUGCUGGAAGAGCUGAGUUCGCUUUGGUUCCAGCACGUCGUCGACGAACAAGACCUGGUUGUCCCUUCCCAAGACAGCAUGAUGCAUUGGUUUCGGAAGAACGAAGCAUUUGACCAAGCAUGCUCAGCCAAGUUUCGCCAGACACUUGAGCAGACAAAGUCUCUCAAUGUCACAGGAGAGGCCAUAUUAAAUGCAGUCCAGCCAAGGAGCUCUCUGGAGUGGAUUCAACUCAUCGUCCUUUUGGACCAGAUUCCGCGAAAUAUCUACCGUGGAGAGGAGUCUAGGAUAGUCUUCACUAUUUUUGAUCCCAUAGCACAGCAUAUCGCUCAAGCUGCCACCGCCGCUGGCGCAGAUAGCCACCCGCUCGUGAGAUAUCGCAUCGGGCAUAGGAUGUGGUUCACUAUGCCCUUUAUGCAUUCCGAAGACCCUACGAUGCACCAGAAAGCCGUCGAAUUGAUUGAAAGCAUGGCGCGUGACGUUAGGAGUGUCGCCAACAGUCAGGAAGACGUGGGCAACGGCCUAGACGAGAACAACCAAGAGCUUCAAAAAUGCAAGACCAUCAUUGUAUCCAAGAGAGACGCUGCUGUCAAGCUUUGUGAAAGCCAGCUGGAAUUUGAGAUCAAGCACAAGGAUAUCAUCGACAAGUUCGGGAGAUAUCCGCAUCGCAAUGGACCGCUUGGAAGGGGAACGACGACGGACGAACAGGAAUUCCUGGAUGGAGGAGGGGACACUUUCGGUUAGCUGACCACUUGAUACUAGUAUACCCUCUCGUGUGAGGCUUCAUCAUGUAUCAAUGCAUAUUGACCGGCAGAAGUUAUUUUCAACUGGCAAGUUGACCAACCGCAUUGAGUUACACAGUCUUAUUGUAUGGAAAUAUAAUGUAUUUCUGGACA